AUUCACUGUUUGCAGAGAUCAUAAGUCAUAAACGUUGUCACAGCCAGCAUUACAAGAGAGGAGUAUCUGCUUUAGUGUCUUUUACAUCUUCUUACUUUUGGUCGCAAUACAAGAAGGAGAAAAAAAUUAUUAGGGAAUCAUGGCGAACAAUAUGGCUCAACAAAUUAUUGAGCAAACCGUUGUGUCGCUAGCGCGGCAAAUGGAGCAGCAGGUAGAUCGAGAGCUGCAGAAGCUUGACAACCUGGGGGAGGACGACAUCGAAGCUAUUCGGCAGAAACGGAUGGUAGAAAUGAAGCAGCGACAAGAGAAAAUGAAGGACUGGGCCGCGCGUGGGCAUGGCGAGUACAGGGAGAUUCACUCCGAGCAGGACUUCUUUAAAGAGAUGAAGGGAGAAGACAGGAUGGUGUGCCACUUCUAUCGGGAAAACUGGCCUUGCAAGGUCAUGGACAAGCACAUCGACAUCUUGGCAAAGAAGCACCUGGAGACAAAGUUUGUGAAGAUCAACGCGGAGAAGAGCCCCUUCCUAACAGAGCGGCUAAAGAUUUGGAUGUUGCCCACCCUGGCGCUCAUCCAGAACGAGAAGACAGUGGAUUACGUGGUGGGAUUCGACCAGCUGGGCGGCAAGGAUGACUUCGACACGCCAGUGCUGGCGGAGCGGUUAGCCAAGUCGGAGAUGAUUGACUACAACUGGAGUGCGGGCGGCAAGGCGGCGGCGGCGGCCCCCAAGGGCAUCCGCAAGGGAGGCGGCGGCUCGUACAAGAGGACGGAGUCGGACGAGGACUCGGACUUUGACUAAGCAAGGAGCGCAGUGCCGCUCCGGGGUUGCAGCGGGGGCUUGGCGGGCGAUGCUGGGUAAGGGGUUGUGCGGCUAAGCGCGGGGUGGAGGUGUGGAAAGCGGGGAAUUUGCAAUGUGCUGGGACGGGACAUAAAGAGGGGGGAUGUAUUCAUGGAUGGUUCGCAACGACCGGUCGGGUGUGCAUGCUGCUUGGGAAAAGGGAGAGGGUGGGCGGGCGAACCCUCUACAUCGUACAUCGUACAUAGACAAAAGACAUGCUUGGAAAAAUGAUCGCUUGAGGUACGCGCGGGGAGGAAUUGUGCAUCUUAGGACCUACGAAUGCAUGCUGACCAUUGACACGCACAUAGGAUGCCCCAUUGGGCUAUGACUUCUGACUGCUUGCAUGACGUUCUUACCUUUGCUUUUGUUAAUGCGCUAAACAGCUCAUCUGCACUGAUCGCUGUGUGGGGGUGCGGCUGCUAGGUAGUUUGAAGACUGUGUGUCGUUGCAUGCGUCCGGGCAGGGGUUCUUGGCCUUGGCCAUGCCAUACAAAGGGCCAUUGGCUCGGAGGGGAUACGUCGCGAUGGCUGAGGGCUGUUGCAGUGCUGUUCA